AUGGAUCUAUUUCGAAAACUCGAAUCGAACGGGGUGAGCGCGACUACCGGCAACGAGAAGAUCGACAAGCUUAUGCAGGACGCGAUUUUAGUGCUUCGGAUUCAUUUGAUCGAGUUACAAAAGGUGGCCUCGUUGGCUGAGGAUUUCCACACCAAAUAUUUACAAGCACUUCGAAAGCGUGUCUCCCAUGAUGUCCUAGUGGAGUCCACCGGCGAUAGCGAUGACGAUCUAGCCGAACCUAAUCGUCAUGACGAGGUAAAAAUAAAAACUGGUAACAAACCGCACCUAUUUACAUUCCCAGACAAACUUUCACCUUUAGCCAGCAACACUCGAAUGAGUGCUAGGAUAAACAAUGAAAAUCUGUAAAA